CUUACGUCACGUUCGGCAACGUCACUGGAGGUCUGUGCAGUGCAGGAAGUGAAGAUGGCGACCGCCUACGAGAGAUUCAACCUGCAUGCAACCCCUGAAAAGUUCUACAUCGAGGCCUGCGAUGAUGGAUCUAAUGACGUCCUGGUCAUCGACCGGGUUUCCACAGAGAUGACUCUUACAGGCAUUAAGGACAUUCCUCCAUCAGGAGUAACCAGACCGAUCUGUGGGAUCAUGGGAACCAUUCGCCUGGUGGCUGGGAUGUACCUCAUAGUCAUCACUAGGAAGAGGAAAGUGGGUAGCCUGUUCGGUCACACAGUGUGGAAGGCAGUGGAGUUUGACAUGAUCUCCUACAAGAAGACCAUAUUACACCUCACAGACAGCCAGAUGCAGGACAACAAAACAUUCCUGUCGAUGAUCAACAGCGUUCUGAACACAGACGGCUUCUACUUCUGCACCGACUAUGACCUGACUCACACCCAGCAGCGGCUCGCAAACACCAGCCCUGACUUCCAGGAGAUGAGCCUGCUCGAGAGGGCAGAUCAGAGGUUUGUGUGGAAUGGAUAUCUUUUGAGGGAUUUCUUUGCACAACCAGAGCUUCAGAAGUUCGCUUUUCCGGUAGUCCAUGGCUUUAUUGCGAUGAAGCCUUGCUGUAUCAAUGGGAAGAUAUUUGAGUGGAUCCUCAUCUCCAGGAGAAGCUGUUUCAGAGCUGGGGUACGAUACUACGUCCGAGGGAUUGACUCAGAAGGACAUGCUGCUAACUUUGUCGAAACAGAGCAGAUAGUUCAGUAUAAUAACUCCAGAGCCGCCUUCGUGCAGACUCGAGGCUCCAUGCCGUUCUUCUGGUCUCAGAGACCCAACCUGAAGUAUAAGCCAAAGCCACAGAUCAGUAGCACCACCAAUCAUCUGGAUGGACUUCAGAGGCAUUUUGACUCCCAGGUCCUCAUUUAUGGGAAGCAAGUGAUUCUUAAUUUGGUCAAUCAGAAGGGUUCAGAGUUGCCCCUUGAGCAGGCAUUUGCCAAAUUGGUGAAUAGCAUGGAAAAUGGGAUGAUCAAGUACAUAGCCUUUGACUUCCAUAAGGAGUGCAGUAAGAUGAGAUGGCAUCGCCUGCAGAUUUUGGUGGAUGCUGUGGCGGAGAUGCAGGAUGAGUUUGGGUACUUCAUGCUGAACUCGGACGGCAGGUUGGUAUCUGAGCAGUCCGGAACGUUCCGCAGUAACUGCAUGGACUGCCUGGACCGCACCAACGUCAUUCAGAGCCUUUUAGCCAGACGCUCUCUGCAGAGCCAGCUCCAGAGAAUGGGUGUCCUCCACGUUGGCCAGAAGAUUGAUGAGCAGGCUGAUUUUGAGAAGAUUUACAAAAAUGCCUGGGCUGACAAUGCCAACGCAUGUGCUAAACAGUAUGCAGGCACGGGAGCCCUAAAGACUGACUUUACCAGGACUGGAAAGAGGACUCAGUGGGGUUUGGUGAUGGACGGCUGGAACUCCAUGAUUCGCUACUACAAGAACAACUUCUCUGAUGGCUUCAGACAAGACUCCAUUGACCUCUUCCUCGGUAAUUACACUGUGGAUGAAAGUGUGGAAGGCCUGACACCUCUUCGAGUGCAGAAAGAUUGGAAAUUCCUCACGCUUCCCAUUGUCAUGUUGGUGGCCUUCUCAAUGUGCAUCAUCUGCCUUCUUAUGGCUGGUGAUACCUGGACAGAGACGCUAGCGUACGUGUUGUUCUGGGGCACGGCCAGCGCCGUCACGGCCGCAGUCAUCCUGUUCAACGGGAAGGAGUUUGUGGACGCGCCGAAGCUGGUGCAGAAGGAGAAGAUGGAUUGAUUGUGCGUGUGUGGAAAGCAGCUCGGUCCUGCAGCCCUGCACUCCUCCUCUCUCUCUCCCACCUCUUCCUCCUCUUCUUUCUCCUCCCAGCUGCAUCAGGCUUGGAGUCUGUACUGAUCUGCUCUCCACACUGUCCUUCUCGUACCGUAGACCGCGGCCUUCCAGCAGGAGCUCGCCUACGCUGAAGUUGUUUAACCAUCCUGUCCCACCUCCAUGUGUAUGCAGUCUCCCUCCUGCACUGCAGGACGUAACCUUCUGAAGCAAAUGGUACAGUGACCAACCGUAAGGGAACAAGGCACACAGUUCACACAUCAGUUGCGUAUGCACUUCAGUAGAGUCGUCAAUUGUGCACCACAGUAGUUCGAGCAGUACUUUGCCAGUAAAUUCAUUGUGAACCUCUUCGUAAUAUUGCAGAGUAGAUUUCCUGAGCAAUAUUGUUACCAAAGUUAUUUUGGUUGGCAUUCAGCUGCCUAGAUGUGUAAAUGUUGGUCCAUGUGUAAUGAAGGUUUUUCCUUUCAGAGAAUUGUUAAUGUCACCAUACAUGCUGAAUGUCACUCAUAUCAGGAGGGAUCAUAGAUUUCUUUUUGCACUGCGUUGGAUUGGGGCCCUUCGGCAAACAUUUAAAAUGUGAUAUUAUCCAAUAGCACAUAAUAUAGCAUCUCAACCAUGGUCUACCUUGAUUCUAUAUCUCUCCUGUUAGCUGCUCUACUAGUUAUGUACUGUGAAUUCUCAUGUAGUUAACAUCUUAUUUGCUGAUAUGUUUGAAGGCAGGCAUUCUCAUGGGUUAAAGGAGAGAUCCACCAAAAAAUCAAAUUUACAGAAUUUUACAUCAAUCGUAGUCAAUUGGGCAAGACAUGUUUAGAAUGUGAAGUUUGCUUCGUUCGCUUUGUGCUAAGCUAAGAGACUAACGGAAGUCUAUUUUUUAAAAGGUUUUAGUGACCUAGAGAUCUGUACCACUUUCUUCAUGUUCAAGGUAUCAACCAGGUAGGAGUGCGAUACAAACUCCAAAGUACUAGGUAAUUUUUUUGGGUGACGCGAUGGCAAGUUUCAAGACAAUUUAGCAAAGUUAGGUAUUAACUGAGUAAGUGUAAGCCACAAACUCCAGAGUACUAGAUAAUUCUUAUGAGUAAAAUGGGCGUACAUAGACAGGCUAACUAAAUUACACUGAGAAAAAGUCUAACAGGUUCUAGCUAUUAUGCAAAUAAAUGCAGAUUUCAUUUUCAUGUUUAAGCAGGAUAUUUAUUUGGAAACAUCAAGCACCAGCUAGAUAUUAUGUGGUAAAAAGGCAGUAGAAAGACCUAAGAGACUUACAUAGUACAGUUGUGUACAAACCAAAAAGUACACUUUGUUGAUUUUCUUAGUAAAAAAAAUAGAUAAAUAAAUAAAAAAUCCAACUAUGAGAUAUUUUACUAAUGCUAGAACCUGUUCAGUGUAAUUUAGUCAGACUACCUUGCUGAAUCUAACUACACAGUACUUUGGAGCUUGUAUCUCAUACUGGUUAACUUAGGGGCUGUAAACGAAAUCGUUACUGACAUUUAUUAUAUUAGCCUCGUAGCUCCAGUGCAAAACUAAAGAAGCAAUCUUCACACUCCACAGACGUCCUGGCUGAUUGACUGUAUUAGGUGUAAAUUGUGUAAAUCUGAUUUUUUUUGAGGAGUCAUUCCUUUCCGAGGCUCUGCUAUGAAGGGGCGGAGUUUUUAACGCACUGUUUCGGUAAUGGUUUACGUAAAUUUCAUCAGCACUUUACUAAUGAUUUCCAUUCGUGGACCACAACACUAAAAGAGAUUCCAGGAGCAUGAGCACAUUCCCUAAUCGUUUGUUCUUUGUGGUUGCUGUGUUAUUCUUCCAUUGCCAGUAGAAUACUGAGAGCAGAUUUGCACUUCAUGAUAUAAAUGGUUGAUGCUGAGGUCUGACUGCGUGUCAUGUUACAGAUUUCCUGUCCUUUGCGCUUUUCUGUUAUUCCUAUUUAAUAAUAUGGAAGCAUAUUUGGCAAGUAACUUUAUCCUGGAAUGAAAGUUUUAAUGGUUCCUUUGGGGGCGAUGAUGGAGAGAGUUUCUAUUAAAUUCUGUUUAAUAAGGCUUCUUAAAAUUGACUAUGAAGGCAUAAUUUAAAGAAUCUAAAGGUGGUUUGGGACUAGAUUGGCAAAAUGUGGAACUCCAAGUGUUUUUUUCUUGUCUUCCCUCUGUUUUGAUGAAAUAAUGCAAGCACAUGCACACAGAUAUACUGGACACUCAAAUUUAAUAUGGCAGACUUAUUUUAGUUUGGUGACUUUUUAAUAAAGCUCAUCAAAGUACAGCUUUUUAACACUUUCUCUGCUAGAAAACUGCACAAUGAGAACGGCAGCCAGGUGGUCAGAUGCAUUGGUAGCACAGCUGCUUACAAAGCGAGUUAUUUGACCUCAGAAGGUGUGAUUUAUAAAUUGUACAUUGGAAUAAAUAAAGAUUUUACGUCUGUUCUGAAUAUCACAUUGUAAUUAUGUACUGUACUGUAUAGUUUACAAUAACAGAAUCAGCACCUGAUCAUCUUACUGGGUUAAAGGAGAAUUCCGCAGAUUUCUUUCCCAAAAUUUCUGCAUAAUUAAGCGAUUAGGAUAUAAACAAAUUCUUUGAGGUUUGUUGUGCAGUAGUGCAUUGUAGACAAGUCAGAAUUGUUCACAGUGGUGGUGAUAGGAACCAGUCGUCUGAAGCGUUUAUUGACAAAGUUAUUGCAUGAAAUGCUUAUGAAUUUGUUGCCUGAUGCCUGAGUCAUUGUUUUAAUGAUAGUUUUGAGAGGAUUAUGGCAUAAAGCAUUUUUUUUUAAAAUAUAUUAUUGGCGGAGAGACACAUGCUGGGCGCUGUAAGGCAAAAUAGUGGCCAAAGAAAAUGGAUUUUUACAGAUUUACCACUAUUUUACCAGCAUCAACAUUAUAUAUAAAAGCUCAUUUCACAUCAAACCAUUCUGAAUGACUGUUUACAUCUCAUCCAUUGAAUUAUGCAGACAUUUUGGAAAAUAAGUGGAAUUCCUCUUUAAGCAAAAGGGAGCAGUGCUCUUUUAAACGAGCGUGCAGUUUUCUUACAUGUCUGCUCGCAGCUGGGGUGGGAUCUUCACCGUGCAGUGAGGAUGAAUGUAAAGGAACAUGGCAAUGUGGUAUUUGUAUUUUUGGACCUGAUCAAACUUGUCACUGUUCUCCUGAAAGUGAACUCAUUUCUUGAUCAUUUUAGAGAGGUUGUGUAGGCCUCGACUUUGUAAUAAAGUGUUUGAUUACUGUAUGUGCAAUCUGGACUGCGGAUAUGGUCAGUUCUCCAAUCAGCACACAGUCUUGGUUCAGUCUUCACAUCUGUUCUAAACCAAGCGUGGGAUCAUUAGAAGUGUCAGUUAGUCUUCACAAAGUGGCAGUGGGUUCAAAGACAUAAUAACCGUUAUUAAGCAGAUAUUGUUAAUUCUCAUCUAAGAGACAUAAAUUGUAAUCUUGUGAAAUCUUUGUUUCUGACGUUGUGGUUCUUUAAUGAUACGAAUCAUAAUUAAGCGGUUCUGAUUUUCUCUCACAGAAAUUCUUAGCAAAAAAUGACAUUUAUACAGUUUUGCCUGUCCCAACGUUACUGCUCUGUGUGGUGUCGGUGAAGUUGCCCUUUCGCACUGAAGUUCUCGCAGUUUUAGGAUUUGGGUGGAUUCUUCCACAGUAGCCUAAAGGGCAACUCUUCUGCUGUACUUUUAUGCAUUAAUGUUAUACCCUUUUUGAAAGUGUGCAAAAAUGACAAUAAAAUAAAAAAAAUUAAAGAAA